AUGGAGUCUCUUAUGAAAAAUCUUGAAAAACAUGUGACUUGUUCCAUUUGUCUGGAAACUUACACCGAGCCUAAGACCAUAGCUUGUCUUCAUACAUUCUGCUUGAAAUGUUUAGAGGAGCACGCUUUAAAAACCCAAAGAAAAGGACAAUUUCGAUGUCCCGAUUGUCAGGCACAAGUGAAUAUCCCAGAUGGAAAUUGUUUCGAUAAUUUGCCGACUGGCUUUCUGCAAAACAGUUUGUUGAGUCUUCUCGCUUUACGACAAAGUGGCGAUGGAAGUCAGAUUAACUGUUGUAAUUGUAACGAAAAGAGCGCCGAGAUCAGCUAUUGCUUUGCUUGCGAAAAAUUAUUGUGCCGUGCUUGUGUUAAUGCACACGAAUUGUUUCGAGAGAGUGCCUUCCAAGGACACAAGGUGACGGCAGUGAAACAGUUUCAAGCCGUAGAUUACGAGGCCUUGUUAAAGCGUCAGUCCUUUUGCCCUCAGUCUUACCACGAGGGAGAGGUAACCAGGUUUUUUUGCCUUGAAUGCCAGAUUUGUGUUUGUCAAGUUUGCGUAAACACUGAUCACAAGAAUCAUAAUGUUGAUCCGAUUGAGAAAGCAGCGGAUACCGAGAAAGCAAACAUUAUAGUGGCAGUCGAGUCAAUAGAACAAAAGAAGAAAGUCUGUAGCGAUGCGAUUGAAACCUUUCAAAAAGUUGUUGAAGAGCUGGAACGAAAUGUUAAAGUUGCUAAACGAGAGGUUUCCCAAACAGCCGAACAAAUGAUCGAGAAGAUUCGAGAACACGAGCGGGAAGCUAUACAAAUCCUAGAGAAUAUACGCGUGUCUAGAAUAGAGAAUAUAAACUCUCUUAACGAGCAAGUAAAGUCAUUGAUCAAACAACUUGACCAAGCAGUUCAGUUCGCAAUAGACCUGGUUGAGAGAAGCUCAAGUGCAGAUGUUAUGAAAAGUAAGAAGAGUUUAGAGCAGCGAUGUGGAGAUCUCGACAAGACCACAGUCCCUGCACUUCCGGUUAGCUCAUUCGUGAAGUAUUUCUCGACUAAUGCACUUGACAAUCUAAAUCUGGGGUCAGUGAUAAUCAAUAAAACAGAUGUACGGUUGUCACCAGUGGGAACUCUUACUGAGAGUAUCCAAGCUGGUCUGGAAGCAGAGCUUCUGGUUUGUCCAGAGCCAAAGGGUGAAGAAGAGCUUACAGGUAAAUGCCAGCGUGAAUUUGAUACAAAAGUGCUCAUAGAACCCGCUGAAGAUGUAGCAAGUGUAAGAACUUUUAGAAAAGAAAAUGAUGAUAUCCACGUGAAGUUUUUUCCCACAGUACCUGGCACCUACAACAUGACAGUUGAGAUAAAUGGCGACAAACUUGUUACCAGUCCUUUCAGGGUCCACGUAAAGGAACGAAGGAUUGAUGUUGUGGGCGAGUUACUUCUAAAGGGAGGAAUUCUUGAAAGUCCAAAUUGGGCUGCUUUUAACAGCAAAGGAACGAUCGCUAUAAGUGACCAUAAAAAACACUGUAUCUUAAUGUUUGAUGAGGAAGGAAAUUUUAUGCAAAAAUUUGGCUGCUAUGGAAAAGGGCGUGGGCAGCUGGGUUAUCCAGCUGGAUUGACAUUUCUGAAUGAUGACGAGCUUCUGGUGGUGGAUGAAUAUAAUGGCCGUAUUCAAAAAUUUAGUGUAAAGAAAGGGAAAUUUGUGAAGAGCUUUGGAAAGAUGGGGACUGGAGACGGCGAAUUUACAAGACCUGAAGGAAUUUUUAUAAAUGAUGAAGGACAUGUCAUUGUAGCGGAUUGCUCUAACAACAGAAUUCAGGUUUUGGACAAAGGUGGUAAAUUUAUGUUCAAAUUUGGAGACAACGACCCUGGAAAGCUAAACCAACCUUGUGGAUGUAUUUAUCACGAAAACAAGUUUAUUGUAGCUGAUAGUAAAAACCAUUGUUUGAAAGUGUUUGACGAAUCAGGAAAGUUCUUGUACAAGAUUGGAGAAAACGGCAAAGCUGAUGGACAGUUUUCAUCUCCAUGGGGCAUCUGUGUUAAGAAAUAUGGCGAUCAUCAGAAUCUUUUGGUGUGUGACAGAGGUAAUGGACGCAUUCAACAGUUUACAAUGGAAGGUCGCUUUAUUGGCAAAACUGUUGAGAAGCUUGGAGAUCCAAAAGCAAUAGCUACAACACCAGAUGGUCGUAUUUUGGUUUGUGACUAUAAAGACAAAAAAAUUCAUAUCUUGAAAUAGACACUCGAUUGUUUUGUGUGAAAAGGAAUAAUAAUGUGGGAAUGGUAA